AUUUUUACCAGUGCGUCACCUCUGCUUCGCAGAGGUUCGCACUGGCUCUACUAUCCGUGCCUUCUUCGUGAUAGCAUAAUAAUGACUUUGAAACUCACCGCGCGAUGCUGAACAACACGAAUGAAUUGCGAUGUAUAUAACAGCACUUUUGCGGGGAGUAUGCAAGACGAUUGCACGAAAUUCGAGAAUUUCACUGUCUCGAGGAUUAUAUCAACUGCGGCGAAUAUCCGCAUCCCAGGAGAUCCGACAAAGUCGCCGGGCUCAGAAUCUAAACAUUCUGAUAGCUCACGAUCGAAGCGUGAAGAAGAAAGGGAUAAAGCCAAAGUCCGUCGAGCCUACGCUUUGGGAGGAUGUUUAAUGAUUAUGUGGCUUUCUACACAUGCUAUAUUACUGUACCGGCGUAGAAAUGAGCAUAGGCAUCUCAACAAAACGGUGCCUCCGAUGUCUUGGGAGGCAUUUGUGCAAGAUUAUCUUUUGCCCGGAAAGGUGAAAACUAUCGUAUAUCAACCUCAAUAUGAGGUUGGUAAUGUAUAUCUGCAUUCAGCUACAGAGCAGUUGAUGAAGAGGGAGUUGCUGAAUUGGAUACAUGCAGCUCCCGAUAAAUUUUCGCGACCACCUGAUGUUAGGUUUUACUUCAAUGGUGAUGCUGCUGCAGUUGAGCAUGCCAUAAAGAGUUUGCAAAAGCUUACGCACGACACUCCUAAGCCUUUGAAGGAAGUCGAAUUCGAUAUUGACCAAUUUCCAAGCAGCAGAGAACUGGCUUUCAUCAUCACCAGUACGUUGUUUACCCUGGCUGCCUUUAUUUUAGUGAAGUAGGCAAAUUUCUGAAGUUGUUUUCCUUGUUAUUGAAAUUGCACGUGAUCUGAGCUUUAGGUAGUGAUCUUGUUUGAAGUUUCCAUUUUUUUGCAAUAGUUAUUUUCCUCAAUUGUUUUAGAGAUUAUAUAGUGGCUAGCAGCAAGAUCUGCUGCAUUUACAGCCAAGUAACUAGUCGCUGUUUUUAUUUUGUUACUGUAUUGAUUUGGUCUUCUUUCGCAUCUCACAGGAGUUUUUUUAAGUGUUCGGAACAUCAGGGUUAGCGCGAGGUGAAAGAGAUUUGCUUUAUGCUCGGGCAUACCCCACACGAAUCCACCAGAUGUUUAGGAAUUUCACCGCGCGGGGUUUCCGUAUGAGAAAUAUGUUUCAGUAUAUAUCAUUCGGUUACUGAAUCGCACCUCUGCCCUGGGCAAAAUUCCGCGGUUGAUCGCCAAACAUCUGGAAAGUAGGUCUUUCAUAUAGCCUUGCGAGGUGAAUUCCUGGAUCUUUUGAAUUCAUGUGAGGUAUGCCCAUGGUGUGGAGCAAAUCCUUUCACCUCGCUCGCCUAUGGUCGAACAGCUGUGAAAUAGGGAAUGGCGAUGUAUAUACACCAGACACAUUGUUUUCAUCGAAAGGUGAGAAGCGCAUCUAGAAGUUGCUCACGACUCUGUCGGUGGUGGCAUUUGGAUAGAGGUCCACAUGUAUCGCAAUUGCAACCACUGUUGUCUUGACAGCAGAAUAUUACUAUUGAGAGGUUCUUGUCUAUCUUUGACAUUACCUGAAAAUACCAGCAAGUGCCAUUCAGUUUGCAUCAGAAGUUUCAUUCAUCCGUUCGUUAUCUUGUUGGCUCACAUUUCAUCGUUACGAACU